UUUUUUUAUAACGGAUCAAAUUCCCACGAUGCAGCAAAAACCUAAAAUAAAACCGAGUCGGAACCAAAAGUGUCGCAUCGCCAAAAAACCCGCGUCGGGCCGUUUUCGCGGUGACUCACAACGCCAUUGAUCAGGAGCCGUAACAUCACACAGGCUGGUUGAAAUGGAAGGGGGAGGGGCACCGGGUGUCGACCUGAGCAGGAAGUUUGUGUCGGAAUCUGAGCUUGAUGAGAAAAGAAAGAAAAGACAGGAAGAGUGGGACAAAGUGAGGAAACCCGACGAUCCAGAGGAGGCUCCGGAGGAGGAGUACGACUCUCGUACCCUCUUCGAGCGGCUGCAGGAGCAGAAAGACAAGAAGCAGGAGGAAUAUGAGGAGCAGUUCAAAUUCAGGAACAUGGUGAGAGGAUUGGAUGACGAUGAGAGCAGCUUCCUGGACGAGGUCUCCCGGCAACAGAGCCUGGUGGAGAAGCAACGCAGGGACGAGGAGAAGAAGGAGCUGUUGGAAUACAGAAGCGCUCUAGUGAAGAAGGCAUCGACUGAAACCCGCAAAGAACCUGAAAAGAAGGCAGCGCCUAAACAUUCAGGAUCAGAGCAAAGGACCAGUCACCUGUCUCAAGCCCAUUUAUUGGCUGGAGCUGUAAAGAGACGCAGUUCCUCCCAGUCGUCAGACACCAGUAAGAGACAGAAGGUGGAAAUCACAGCGGCAACGACAGGAAACGGAGACAGACACACAGAACAGGAGGCAGGAGGAGCAGGGGGAGCUGAAGACCAACAAACCGUCCCCGACCUGACGUCCACGACGCCCUCGGCUCCCCAGGGCUCCGGCCAAGGCGUCUUACACCUGCCGUCCGCAGCUGUGUGCGUCGGCGUUUUACCGGGAAUGUGGGUGUACUCUGGCAGCAGCGACUCUGACAGCAGCUCGGACAGCGAAGUGGCUCUCAAACGUGACACCGCCGCCCUUCCUUUCCCUUAAUCACGUCUCACGCAGUUUAAGCCGAGCAACCAAUCCCGCACUCUGACGACAUCCUGCCCCACCCCACCCCCCCCUCCCGUCCCAAGCCACAGCGACUGCAAGUUGUGCUAUUGGCUGAGGGAACAGUGAUUGACAGCUGUGGAGCGAGGAAGAGACUGUGACACAUGACUCAGAGGAGAGAAGGAAGGACGCGCUUCUUUCUCUCUUCGGGUUCAAUGCAAAGUUUGACAAAUGUUCGUGUGUGUUCGUGUGAUGUGACGUGUUUUUCCCGUCAGUCUCGUUGGAAAGAUGCUGGAAUGUUUUCUGUCGUCUCGGCUUUGUGUUGUUGGCCAAAGUCUGAGCAGAGAGAAAUAAAUAAAGCUUUCCCUUGUUCUGUGUGUUUACUGUGUCGAUGAAUGUGUGAGACAGAGACAACUGCAGAGACACUUAACAGAACUCAAACCUCCACAGUCUCCUUGAAUUCACACUCAUAGAUAUCAGUUCCCUAAAUAUCUAUUUUUACUUUAUAAAGAUCCAAGAAUCAUUCUUGGGUAAUUGGUGAUAAUGUCAAAAACGCUCCGUCUUGCAAUGUUAUGGAAAGUGUUCAGAUUAAUUCCUGGAUCCACUUUCCUGUGUGUUUACACCUGAUUCAAUGGCGGUGUUGAGUUUUAUCAGGUUUGAUGUUUUCCUAUGUGAGAAAAGUAGAAAGCUAAAAUGUUGCCACCAGAGGCUGAUGGGAAUUUCAUGGGUUGGAUGUAUUUAGUUAUAAUUAUUGUAUCAAAAGACUGGAACAAUGUCUCGGGCUGAAUUUGCAUUGCUGGAGAAUUUCUAAUGUGGCUUAAAAUCCAUUGGACAUAAUUUAGAAUUUACGGUAAUUUUUGCCUUCAUUCUUCCAUUACUUCAUUUAAAAACCUUGAGUGGAUUCUAGGAGUUAAAGUUUUUAAUUUGUCCCGAUCAAAUCAGCAGUGAGUCGUGAAGCUGAGGUCAGAAUGUGAAGCUGCUGUAACUUUGCAUGAAUGAGUCUAAAUAAAAAAUGGAAAUCAGAAA